CAUGCGUUCCUUGGUUGUUUUGGCCCUUUGUUGCGCUGCUGUAGCAGCUUCUCCGAAAACCCCAUCUCGGAUUGUGGGGGGUAAUCCAACUACGAUAGACAAGUACCCCUCAAAGGCAGGCGUGGUCUAUACUGCUGAUAACAUCCACUUCUACGCAUCAUGCGGCGGCGCCAUCAUUAACAAUAGAUCCAUCCUCACUGCUGCUCAUUGCACUAUUGAUUUUCCUCUCUUUUUCCUACGCAUUCGCGUCGGUUCAACGUUUGCAUCGUCUGGUGGUGAGGUGCUGCCUACCUCGGCCAGUAUCAUCUCUCCUUGCUUCAACCGCGCCACAUUGGACUGCGACAUUUCUCUCGUCCGAACCUCCGUGAGCAUCGUCUACAGCUCCAGAGUACAGCCUGCUCCGAUUGCCGGACAGUUUUAUCAUUUACCUGAUGAAGUUCCAGUUUGGGCUACGGGUUGGGGUGACACUGAUCCCGACGUUCCAUCUUUAUCUGAGCAACUUCAGGAAGUGGAAUUGUUCACUGUCAAUCAGGAAAUCUGCAGAGAACGGUUCUUGCUUUUAGACAACUUCAUAACCCCCAACAUGUUGUGUGCUGGAAUUCUGGACGUCGGUGGCAAGGAUCAGUGUUACGGGGACUCAGGCAGUCCUGUAUACCAUAAUGGAGUCAUAGUUGGUAUUUGUUCGUUUACUGGACCAUGCGCCGCACCGGAAUUCCCAGGAGUUAAUGCCCGCGUUUCCAGAUUCUCCACUUGGAUCCAGGACAACGCUUAAAAGUAAGUAUUCUUAAAUGAUAAGACUCAGUAAUUUAAUUUUUUUUUCAAUAAAGUAAUUUGACGAAUUAA